AUAGAUGAAACAAAAUGGAACUUUUGUCUAACGUUGUUUGUGGCGUGUCGCUUUCAGAUAGAUCAGUGGCCAUCGUAUCGUCUAAACAAGGAAGUGUGGUGCAUUGAUAAAUAAUGGAUCCGUGUGUUGUAUACUUGGCAUACAAAUAUAUAAUCAAAAAGAGACGCAAGAGACGUUGGAGCGUUCACCCAAUAAAUAGUGCAAGAAAUCUCAGAGGCACAUAUUAUACACUACACAAAGAACUAAGACGAGACAAUGACAAAUUCUUUAAUUAUUACCGUAUGUCGAUAGCUUCCUUUGAUGAGCUAUGUGAAAAGUUAAAAAACACUUUCAAUAAAGAUGGGGAGCUGAUUCAAGGAUUUGCAUUCGAAGCAGAAGAAAUGUUAUCAAUGACGUUGAGACUGAAGACGUGUGCUACAAUGGAACAUCUGGAUGUCGAACUAUUCAUCGACGCAAUAGAAAAACGACCAUCUUUGUGGGAUUCAUCGUCAGGAGACUACAAAAACAGACAGCUUAAAAGAGACGAUUGGAAGGAAGUGUGCGAAAUUGUUAUCCAAAAAUUUGGGGAAAAAGAUGAAAAAGAAAGGCAGGAAAUUGGUAGAGAAGUUCAACUUAAAUGGAAAAGUCUGAGGGAUGCUUAUGUUCGUACCAUUCGACAGUCUAAGGGAAAAAAAUCAGGAGCGUCUGCUAAAGCUGUAAAAACGUACAUCUAUGCUAAACAAUUAGGAUUUUUACGAAAGGUGACUGGUUUCCGUCAGACAGAGAGCUCACUACCAAGUACAUCAAGAGAGGGCCAAGAAGAUAUGGAUGUUUCAAAGGACAUAAAUGACAUGCAAAGUACUUCAUCAGAUGUCCAACAUACUCAGUUCGACAGCCAAAUGGAAACUGGACGAACUCCUAGUAGAAGUACUCUCUAUAGAAGAAAGAAAUCAGAUUUAGAAAGUAAACUUGCAAGCUAUAUUGAUUCCCAUAACAGACAGCCAGCAUUAGCUAUACAAAGUCAACCACAAGAAACUGAUGACAUGGCCUUUUUUAGAUCAUUACAAGCAAGUUUAGAUACGCUCACUCCGAAUGAGAAAUUGAAUUUUCGAAUAGAGGUCAUGCAACUAUUAAGCCGAUAUACUAACAAACAACCAAAUCAGUAUAUACACAAUUUUCCAAAUCAUAUACCCCAUUACCAACCACAGCAAUAUCCAGUAAUGACCAACAUCUCUAAUAUACGUUUUAAUACGCCAGCACCUCCAUUCGCAUCAUAUUCUACAGUAUCAUCUGAGAUCACACCUCAUUUGCCUCAUCCUAAUACUGAUACUACUGAAUCAUUUGCUGUGACGUCACCACAAACGCCAUUUUCUCCGACGGAAUCGGAAAAUUCAAUAAUUUCACAAGCCGAAUCACUAAUAUCACUGUUAUCAAAUCAAUAA